AUGAGAAGUGUGCCGGUCGACGAUACUGUUGAUAAUCGACGCCGAUCAAUUGACCGAAAGCAAAGAGAAGAGCGGAACGCGUGCCGAAAAGUCACAGACAGGUGCGCUGCCCGGCGAGCGACUGACCGCAAUGGCCGAAGGGCCGAAAACCCAAAGACACAGGAUAGCUUCUCACUUGGAGCCAAAAGCGGCACUCGUAUGCGUACAGCACUUCUGUCUGUGGCCACGAAGCGUCUUUCGGUCGGCACUGCAUCAGCCGCUGCCCGCUUGCCGCGCUUCGUCUCUUCUCUGGAGAGGUCAUCUGUCGCUUUGACAGCUCCGCCGCUGCUCCUCACAUCUCGAGCUUGCCUCUCAACAUCACGCUCGCUCGCCAGCAGUCAGGACGAUAUGACGGCCUCUUCGUAUCCUCUCCAACCCUCCGAGCCGGUCGACCCGGUCCAUGGACCCACAAAGACACAGAAACCCAUCAACGUUCAAGCCAACGGCCAGGCCGCUGCUCUCGAAGCCGGCUCCUCCGAUGCCUCUUCGCGCCACCACUACAAGACCGCUCCUCUGCUACCAACUGAUCCGCUCAAGGGCAAGAUCGACAAUGCCAGAAAGCAGCAGCUGCUUGCGCGAGACUUUCGCUCCGACACGAUCACAGCACCUACCGAGUCGAUGAUCCGUGCCAUGGCAGAGGCUUCCCGAGGCGACGACGUGUACGGCGAGGACGACACCACCAACUCGUUCCAGGCCGAGAUCGCUGCUCUCACCGGCAAGGAAUCGGCCAUCUUUGUCCCCUCAGGGACGCUUUCCAACCAGCUUGCACUUCGCACACACCUGCACCAGCCACCUCACACUGUCCUCUGCGAUACACGCUCGCAUAUUCACCGCUAUGAGGCGGGUGGUAUCGCCUUCCAUUGCGGUGCUUCUACCGAGAUUGUCGCUCCGUCCAACGGUCAUCACUUGCGAUGGGACGAAGACAUCAAGCCCAAUCUCAACCUCAGCGAUGAUAUUCACUUUUCCCCAACUCGUAUCAUCUCGCUCGAAAACACCCUCAACGGAACCAUCUUCCCCCAAGAUGAGAUUGUCAAGAUCUCGACCGAAGCUCGCAAGCUCGGGCUGAUCAUGCACUUGGAUGGUGCUCGUAUUUGGAAUGUGGCUGCCGAGACGGGCCUCUCGCUCAAGGAGCUUUGCGAUCCGUUUGACACGGUAUCGCUCUGCCUGAGCAAGGGCUUGGGCGCUCCUAUCGGCAGUAUCCUUGUCGGACCUUCGCAAUUCAUCAAGAAGGUGCGCCAUUUCCGUAAGUUGUACGGUGCUGGCGUGCGACAGGUUGGACCUCUUGUUGCAGCAGCGCGCAUCGGCGUUCUGGAAAACUACCCCAAGCUUCAAGCCACCCAUCAGCUGGCGCGCUACGCCGGAAAGGAGCUCGAGAAGCUCGGUGUUCGCCUGACAGCACCUGUCGAGACGAGCAUGGUCUUCCUUGACACGGCGUCGAUCGAUAUACUCAUCUCCGAGCUCGUGUCGCGUGCUGCCGCACUGCCAACUCCGAUCAAGCUCGGCGGUGGUCGAAUGGUCGUUCACUACCAGAUCGAGAAGCAGGCGAUUGACGACUUGCUCGACCUGAUCCGACUCAUGAAGAAGGAGAAGGCGGACGGUUCCGGUCCUACCACCUCCGUUGCUGCUGGUAGCGGUGCCGGACUUUAUUCGAGCAGCAUGACUAGCGGGAACGCCGCAGCUGCUGCCAGCACCAACGGUUCUGCAUCUCACGUCCGAUCCUCGUCCACCGCUUCAGACCGUGGCUUGGUCUUCCAGACCAUCGCCGCAUCCUCCCAGCACUCCUCGGACGAGAUGCGACACAGCGUAUCCCUCGUCCUCCCCUUCCCCGACCGUCAAUCGGCUCUCAACCUCCAACAAUCCAUCUCGGUCGACAAGGAACUCAAACCGAAGGAGGUUCGCAAGGAAUUCUCCAUCCUCCCUUCCUCCGCGUCGUCUGGGACGGUCGAGCUGGGCGUCAAGAUCUUUGCUACCACCGUGAGGCAGUUGAGGUUGAGCGUCAAUGCCUUUUUGGAGGACGCGAGCUUGGUCUGUCGCACGAUGGCGGAGUUUGAUCCGUUGCAGAAGGGGAUUGAUGAGGUGAGCAGGUUGCAGUUGGAGAGCGAGUUGGAGCAGGGAUCGGUGGGCGUUGCUGGUUAG